AUGGCGACAGCAACGCCCACGAAGCUGCGCUCUCUGUACCGGUCGCUCCUGCGGGAGCUUCCUCCGCGGCCCAUCCUCGCCACACCGCGCUCGCCGCUCCACGAACGCCUGCGCGAGCACUUCGACCGGUCUGCGCCGAUAGCCACCGACAGCGCAACAGCAGCAGCCCAAGCCGAGCAGUAUCUGGCAUACGUGCGCGCACAGAGGACAUAUGUCACACUGGUCGAACGCUACAACCCCGGCAUGGGGAUGGACGAGGAGGAGCGUGUGCGCCUGACGGCGAGGAGGGUGGGCAUGGAUUUGCCUGUCGAGUUCGAGAACGAAGGCAAAAAAUGA